AUGACCGCUCAAGUCGCUCCUCAGGGUAAUCCGGCUGCAGCUACUACUGACAAGGAGUACUCGUUCAUAGAAGCUCUUGCUCUCGGUCCUCGGGAAUCUUUCUCGCUUGUUUCAAACGAAGCUCUUGGUUUACCUAGCAGUCCUACUUCAGCGCGAGCUCCUCGAGUCCAACCGUCUACAGGAUCUCUACCAAAUCCUACCGGCGCCACCGCAAGACCAAAGACUCCUCCCCCGCAGAAGCGAGUCAUUGCCGUCUCUGCACAGGCUUACGUCCCUGCUAGUCCAGCAAAGACCGUCGCAGCCACCAAGAAGCCCGCUUCAGUAACCACCAACUCCCCUCCCACCACCUCCUCCAUCAAAACAUCUACACCUACAACUACUACCGCACCUCGAUCGCUCACCAGCAAAAAGAGCAGCGUCAUGGCAAACGUCGCCAAAGCACAAGGCUCAUGCCUAGAGCUCUGCCACAAGACCACCGCCCUCGGCGACCGCAUCUCCGUCCGCAUGCUAGAAUACCUCACAAUGGUCACCAAGCAACCCCACGGCCUCGACGUCCUAGCGCACGACUUCCUCGACACGUGCGAGAUUCUGUUCUCUAUCGAAGCAGGCCUCGGAGAGUGCAUUCGCAACCAGCAGACAUUCCCUGCAGAUGUCAUCUCAGAGCUUAGCAAGAAGUUCCGCGUUACUCAGGCGGACUUUCAGCUGCUCGAUCAAAUGCUGGGCAAGUUUCUCGAGAAUGAACGCAAGGGUGCCAUGGGACGCAUGAGACGUGGUUGGGGCCGUAUUUUUGGUGAUAACGAUAUCGAGAAGAUGAUCAGUGCUCUCGGUCGCACGAGGGAGAGUCUGCGUAUGAGUGCGCUUAUGUUUCAGUGGAGUUUGGGUAAUGAGAAGAUUGAGAAUGAGCUUGGUAUUGGAUACACCGGUCUCGCAGCAGCACUCGAUCGCAUGGACUCCCGCGCUGGUGUCGCGCCGAGAUCAAAGGUUUCUGAUGCUGGUGGUUCACAGUACAGACCAUCUUCCGCAUCUGCGCAUCGCGGUAUGGAAGGCCACGUCAUGUCCAUCAACUCACAACCUCCCCUCCCUCCUCUCCCCUGGGCAGACCGCUCUGCCUCCUUGCACACCGAUCCUAUGGGUUCACACCACGAUGCGCGCUCAUUCAGCAACCACCAUCACAACACUGCCUCUUCAGUGCACUCCAACGAGCGAUACCACUCUGGCACAACAGCGACGUUUGAUCGCAUGAGCACAUUUGACGAACACCAUGAAACCCGAUCGCAACACACCCAAAUAUCCGACAGCGAAGUAUCCCUAGAAGAACUCGCUGGUCUGGACCUUAAUGGCGGCACAAAGGUUGUUCGGCUCAAGGCUGAUCCCUUCAGCAUGCCGCGCUGGAACCCGCGCAACACCAACGGCGCUGACGCCGCGAAUCUCAAGACUGCUCUUAUCAGCGCUGUUCGCGGCAAGAACCACAAGCUCAUCGAGCAAUUGCUGGACCGUGGUGUUUCUGCAAACACUGGACCGGAUCAUCUCGCGCUCAAGGAAGCUGUCUUGAACUGCGAUGCGGAAGCUGUGAGAUUACUCCUCCUCUUUGGCGCUGAUCCCAACGGUAUUGACCGCGAUGGCGUGACUCCCCUCUUCGCGGCUGUCGAGCGCUCUUUCAUCGCUGGCGCCGUUCAACUUCUCAAGUACGGCGCCGACCCACGUUUCCAGAUCGGUCCCGACAACGAGACUGCCCUUGCAGCUGCUUGUAUCGCCAACAAGGUCAACUUUUCGCACCUUCUUCUUAUUUACGGCGGUGAUCCCAAUCAAUUGACAGCUACGGGUGAAACACUCCUCAGCAGUGCGAUCAACAAGAAGACACCCAAGAAGUUCAUCGAUCUCAUCCUCGACUACGGCGCUGACCCCGAUGGCAAGAGUCGCGAGGGUAAGACCGCUCUCUUCGAAGCCAUCCAGAACUCGCGCGUCGAUAUCGUCACGAGUCUUCUCGACCACGGUGCUAAUCCCAACUUGCCUGGUCCCAAGCACAUGCUCUGGCCUGCUACAUACCAAGCAGCCUGUCUGCAAGUCCUCCUCCAGCACGGCGCUGAUCCCAAGAAGGCACCCGGUAUCAUGGAGUUGGCCGUUUCCGUCAACAACAUCGAGUCCGUCAAGAUCUUGUUGAACGCAAAGGUCGAUCCCAACCUCAAGAAGGAUGGUGUCUACACCCCUUUGUGUACAUCCAUCCGUGAUAACCGCCCCGACAUCUUCAACCUCCUCCUCGCCAACAAGGCAGACCCCAACGUCCCUGCAUCCGAGUACCCAGCCUUCAAGUGCAUCACACACAACCGUCUCCAAUUCCUCCCCCCACUAGUCGAAGCCGGCGCAAACCUUUCUUCACCAAAGGGUAUCGUCGAGACUGCCGUCAGCGUCAACAACAUUGAGGCUUUGACGUGGCUUCUCGAGAAGGGCAUGAACCCCAAUGACAAGAACCCCAAGGGCCACUCACCCCUGACGACCGCUAUUCGCGAGAACAGGAUUGAGAUGGUCGACUUUCUUCUCAGCAACGGCGCUGACCCUAAUGUUCGUGGUCAAGAUUGGCCUGUGUGCAUGGCCGUCCGCAACCCCCCCGUCCUCAAGCGCAUUCUCAGCGUUCUUGCCGAGCCUCGCGCUUUCAAGGGUGUCAUGGAAAUGGCUGUCGUCGCCAACCAACUCGAAUCCGUCAAACUUCUCCUCAACGCUGGUGUAUCAGUAGAAGACAAGAACGGCGGCGUGUUCUCACCGCUUACAUCCGCCAUCCGCGAAGAUCGCAAGGACAUAGUAUGGUACCUCAUCAACGAAGGUGGCGCCGACAUCAACGCGCCCGGCGAACAUCUCCCUGUCGUCAAAGCCCUCCGUCGCUACCGCGGCGACGGCGAGAUUCUCGAAUUUCUCCUCGAGCACGGUGCCGACCCCAACAAGGUGUACCGCGGCUGGAACGGCGUCAUGCAAGCCGUCGAGAACGGCGACGAACAAAUCCUCCGCCUGUUGGGUGAAAAGGCUGGAUUUGAUCUUGAUGUCAAGGAUGAGCUUGACCGAAGUGUGACUGAGAUUGCUGCUUCUCGAGGAUGGGAUGAGGCUGUUGCUAUUCUGGAGCAGUAUGCUAUUGUCAAGUCCUCAUAA